UCGUGGUAGCCGCCAGAUAAUUUACAUAUACCGUGUCAACGUUGACUUGAAGAAACACGUUACGCCAACACGAUAAUUAUCAUAUUCAUAGCUCUCUCUCUCCUUAUUCAUUGCAAUCUCCGCACUCUCUCUCUCUCUCUAAUCCGUUUCAUCGCAAUUCAUUGGGGAUCUCAAAAAUGGAGCAUCGAACUCUGGAAAUCACGCUUCAAUCGGGGAGAGACUUGAACAAAGUGAAUCUCAUCUCCAAGAUGGACGUCUACGUCGUCGUUUCCAUCUCCGGCGGCGACAAAACCUCCAAGCAGAAGACCCGGUCUCCGGUCGACCACGACGGCGACGCCAAUCCCACCUGGAACUUCACCAUGAAUUUCACGGUCGACGAGGCCGCCCUGCAGUCGAACCGCCUCACCCUCGACUUCAAGCUCGUCUGCGAGCGCGCCCUGGGCGACAAGGAUGUUGGCGAGGUCAGCGUCCCCAUCAAAGAGCUCCUCGAUUCUCCCGCCGCCGCCGACGGCAAGAAAUUCCUUAACUACCAAGUCCGCAAACCCAGCGGUAAACCCAAGGGCCAGCUCACUUUCUCCUGCAAAUUCAGCGACAAAAUCGCCGCCGCCGCCACAGCUCCGGCCGGUAAAAGUGAUUUUACCGGGUACCCUGCCGGAACUAGCUCCGGAUAUCCACCUUCCGGAGCUUACCCGCCGCCGUCGGGCUAUCCGGUGGUUGAGGGAGGCAGCCAUUAUCCACCGCCGGCGGCUUACCCGGCGGCUGAGGGAAGUGGACAAUAUCCACCGCCGCAACCGGCGUAUCCUGCGGUGGCUGAAGGAAGUGGACAAUAUCCGCCGCCGGCGUAUCCCGCGGUGGCUGAGGGAGGUGGACAUUAUCCGCCGCCGCCGCCUGCAGGAUAUCCGGUGGUCGGCGAUGCUCAUAAACCGGGAGGAUAUCCGCCUCCACCGCCGGCUGGGUACGGUUAUCCGCCGCCGCCUCCGGGGUACGGUUAUCCGCCGCCGCCUCCGGGGUACGGGUAUCCGCCGCAGCAGGGGUACGGGUACCCGCCGGUGGCGGCGCAGCAGCCGAAGAAAAAGAAUAAGUUUGGGUUGGGAUUGGGGGCUGGGCUUCUCGGCGGGGCUAUCGGCGGAAUGUUGAUCGGAGAUGCGAUUUCCGAUGCGGCUGAUUUUGACGGCGGCUUUGACGGAGGGUUUGAUUUCUGAGCUUUAUUUAAUGUGGUUGAAUUUUAUGUUGCUUGUUGAAUUUAUUUAUACUUCUAAUUAAUGUAUAUUGUAAAUUAAGUUUUGUGUUUCUCUUUUUCAUAUCAAAACUAAUGUUUGAUUCGGGUAUAUUGAUUAA